CCUUUGGAGAACUGUGCUUCGGGUGUUUCGUCUCCUUCAAUUUCUUCCUCGUAUACUUAAAGCUUUAUUUAUCUAAAGUCCAUUACGUUUUGGCUUUCUUCUCAAGUAUAAAAAUGUGUGAAACAAAUUUCAGCAACGAUGUUGCGAAUGUGUGCUAUUUUUAACGUGAGCAACAUGAGGGAUCACAGCUUCGUUUACCUUACUUAUUGAAAAAAUAAGCACGAAUCAUAAGAAGAACUGUAAUUAGCCAUAAUGGUAAAGUCAGCAACUAUUAAGGGCAUAAUAAUACGCUUGGUAUUCCUAUUUCACGGUUACGUUAUUACAUGGCACUGGCCAAGUUAUAGCGCCGGCUUUAUAAUUCCGGUUAAUCUGUUCAAAUAUCCCUGGUACUUGAGCUUUGCUACUAACUUGUUGCUGCUCUUCGAGGGUAUUUACACCUACAAAAUAAAGAAAAGUCAAGCAUGGAAAUGGUUUCAGCCGUCUGUAAUUUUAUAUCUUCUUAGCGUGCUGCCUACAAUCUGGUACUUAGAAGGGAUGAAAGCAUUCAGUAUUGAAAAUAAAAGCGAAAGCUGUAGAAGGGAAGCAGAACGACGGCAGGACUUGUGUGACUUGAUAAAUCCAAAUAAUCCGUCACCUAAUAUGCGGAUUAUAUUAUAUUAUAUAAUUCGUGCUAAUUGCUUUGAUGUCGAUACCCGCGAUUAUUUAGAACAUGCAGACAUAGAAUUGAACGAUAUAAUUGGUUCUUAUAUUCACACCCAAUUCUUGAUGCUGAAUCUGGUAAUCAAUCAAUGGAUGUUGAACAGUGAUUUGACUCGAGAUCAAUUAAGCCAGCUGCUGUUACUUUACAUUGGUACCGCAGCUGAAAUCAUGAAUGUCUUUUCUCUCGCCACCGAAAGAAUAAUAAUGUUUUUCGGAUAUACGAUAAUGCCUCUCGCACAUAUCAUGUGUAUAUGGUCCUUGGUGCAGUUCACACUUGCGCCGACAGUCACCAAGUCGAAGAAAUCUCGAUUGUUGUCCGGUAAUACUGCCAGGGAAAAAGUUCAAACGGAAACCAAUGAAAGCAGCAUCGAUUUACGAAGACUCUUUCUGGGAAACAAAAAUAUAAUUUUUCAAGUAUGUGCACGAACAAUACACGUGAAAGCAUCGGAGAUAGUUGUACUAAAUACAUUUUUUGGAUAUCUUUCAAUUAUUCACGUUGUCUGGUUCGUGAAGCAUCUUCAGUAA